UUAAUGGGACCUUUUUCUUUUUUAUUUUCUGCAUCUGUUAUUUAUUUUUUCACAAAACAAAAUUAAUAAAUUCAAAAAACUUUUUUUUUCCUUAUCUCUUUUCUUGAUAAUCAAGUAAUUCCAAUUUAUUUUUUUGGAAAAGGAAAAAAAAUUAAAAAUAGAGAGUGGUAUGAAAAUGCCGUCCUUGGAGGAUGAGCUGUUCCCUUCGACGCCUGGGAAGUUCAAGAUCGACAGAGCCCACAAUAUGAAUCGUCAGUUCCUCCGUUGCUUCGCUUCAACCAGCACCAUGUUUUUAUGGGCUCUUUUCCUGAUCGCAUUGACGGCGUCGUAUUUGAGUUUUCAGAGUUUCGUUGAUUCCGGUAGCCGGUAUUUCACUGCUUCCUGGGGUGGUAUCCAGUGGGAAAAACAAGUCCGUAACUCCGCUCAGAUCCACCGUUCCGGUGGUAUGUCCGUUCUGGUAACUGGAGCGGCUGGUUUCGUUGGUACACACGUUUCUAUUGCCCUCAAAAAGCGCGGAGACGGAGUCGUGGGGCUUGACAACUUAAAUAACUAUUACGAUCCUUCGUUGAAAAAAGCCAGGAAAUCGCUGCUUAACAGCCGCGGCAUUUUGGUCAUUGAAGGUGAUUUGAACGACGCCAAGCUAUUGGCUAAGCUUUUCGACGUGGUGGCUUUUACUCACGUGAUGCAUUUGGCGGCUCAAGCCGGAGUCAGGUACGCCAUGGAAAACCCUAACUCUUACGUUCACAGCAACAUAGCCGGGCUCGUCACACUUCUCGAAACUUGCAAGUCCGCUAAUCCACAGCCGGCUAUUGUGUGGGCCUCAUCCAGUUCCGUUUACGGUUUAAACGAAAAAGUUCCUUUCUCUGAAGCGGACCUGACCGACCAGCCGGCUAGUUUAUACGCGGCCACAAAAAAGGCCGGUGAAGAAAUUACCCACACUUAUAAUCAUAUUUACGGCCUGUCAAUUACUGGGUUAAGAUUUUUUACCGUGUACGGUCCAUGGGGAAGACCCGAUAUGGCGUAUUUUUCGUUUACAAAAAAUAUUUUACAAGGGAAACCGAUCACCAUAUAUCGGGGAAAGAAUCGGGCAGAUUUGGCACGAGAUUUUACCUACAUUGACGAUAUUGUGAAAGGUUGUUUGGGAUCGUUGGAUACAUCCGGGAAAAGUACCGGGUCGGGUGGCAAGAAGCGGGGGCCCGCUCCUUAUAGAAUUUUAAAUUUGGGCAAUACGUCGCCGGUAAAGGUUCCGGAGUUGGUGAAUAUUUUGGAGAGGCAUUUGAAGGUGAAAGCAAAAAGGAACAUCGUGGAUAUGCCUGGAAACGGUGACGUUCCAUUCACUCAUGCGAAUAUCAGUUCCGCCCAAAGAGAAUUCGGGUAUAAGCCUACAACCGAUUUGCAAACCGGGUUGAAGAAAUUUGUUAGAUGGUAUCUAUCUUAUUAUGGUUAUAAUAAUCGCAAAGCUGUACAAUAAACAUUUUUUUUUAAUCUUUUUUAUAAUGUUGGGAUUUUCUUUUUAUUUUACCCAUUAAAAAGAAAAAAAAAUGCAAUGGGAAAACAAAAGGAAACCCCAUAUAGGAAAAAGGACGAGGAUGACAUAUUCUUUCCUUAGGGGAGCGGUGGAUAAACUUUUCAGCCCCAUAGUUUUGUUGUUGUGUCUUCCUUUUUUAAGUAAAGUUUAAAGGUUGUAUUUUCCCCUAAUAUCUUGGCUUCUUUCAUAUU